AAAUGAUCACAGAGUCAGCUGCAGCAGCACGCCCUCCCAGUGUAAAGCCCACCUGGUUUAAUUAAGAAUUCAAUUACGUCCCUUUACCUGCGCGUCACGUGAGCAGAACACCUCUGCGCCCACUUCCGCAGCUCUGUCGCCGCCUCCCUGAAUGCCACGCGUUGUUUUUAACCCGCUUUUUAAUGUUGUUUUAAGGCCUCGACGUGUCGGACCGGUCCGGCAGGUUUGUGCGGGGCAGAGCAGGUGAGGCAGCGGGGGCAGGAAGGGCGGGGAGCGGCGGAGGAGCUCUCUACAAGCAGGAAGAAGAGGACAACAUGGUGCGGUGACUGAACGCACCGACACCGACCAAGAACAGGAUCCACUGUGUGAAAUCAGCCUGCAAAAGAGACCGAAAAUACUUGAAGCGCCAAGAUGAGUCGGCGGCGUGUAGACUCCCGCGGGUCCCUGGGGCCCGACGAUGAGGUCAUGCCGUACAGUGACGACGAGACGGAUGAUGAAUUAGAGGUAAGCUCUGAAGAGGAGGAACAAGAAGAGCCGCCAGGAGCCCCACAACCCCCGGUGGAAGUUAGACCCAGCGAGCUGGGAUGGAAAGUGAAAGCCAACGACCGACCGUAUCACCAACUGCCAGAGUUUCAGAAGAAAGUCUUCCUUUGCUUCAAGAAAAGUCGAUACUCUGGAAAUGCCAUCAAGACCUACAAGUACAACGUCCUCACCUUCAUCCCCCUGAACUUGUUUGAGCAGCUGAAGAGAGCAGCUAACCUCUACUUCUUGGCGUUGCUGAUCCUACAGAUUAUCCCAGACAUCAGCACUCUGCCUUGGUACACCACUCUGAUUCCUCUGGUCGUGGUGCUGGGAGUCACUGCCAUCAAAGACCUCGUGGAUGAUCUGGCGCGGCACAGGAUGGACAAGGAGAUCAACAACAGGAAGUGUGAGGUCCUACUAGAUGGAAGGUUUCAGGGCUCAAAGUGGAGGGAGAUUCAGGUUGGCGAUGUGGUUCGUCUGAAGAAGAACGACUUCAUCCCGGCUGACAUCCUGCUGCUGUCCAGUUCCAACCCAAACAGCUUGUGUUAUGUAGAAACAGCAGAGCUCGACGGAGAGACCAACCUGAAGUUUAAGCUGGGCCUCAGAGUGACCGAUGAGCGGCUGCAGAAUGAGCACGAGCUGGCGGACUUUGACGCUCUGAUCGAGUGUGAGGAGCCCAACAAUCGCCUGGAUAAGUUCAUCGGGACGAUGCUGUGGCAGAGGGAGCGUUACCCUCUGGACCUGGACAACAUGCUGCUCCGAGGCUGCAAGGUCAGGAACACAGAAGAGUGUCACGGGCUCGUCAUCUUCGCAGGAGCCGACACCAAAAUUAUGAGGAAUGGUGGGAAGACGAGAUUCAAGAGGACCAAGAUUGACGAGCUGAUGAACUACAUGGUUUACACAAUCUUCGUGCUGCUGAUCCUGGUUGCAGCAGGCCUCGCCAUCGGUCACACCUUCUGGUACGAGGAGAUCGGCUCCAAGGCUUGGUAUCUGUACGACGGGAAGGACCAGGACGCCUCCUACAGAGGCUUCCUCAGCUUCUGGGGAUACAUCAUCGUGCUCAACACCAUGGUGCCCAUCUCCCUCUACGUCAGUGUGGAGGUGAUCCGUCUGGGCCAGAGUAAGUUCAUCAACUGGGACCUGCAGAUGUAUCAUGCAGAGAAAGACACACCAGCUAAGGCUCGAACCACCACCCUGAACGAGCAGCUCGGACAGAUUGAGUACAUCUUCUCCGACAAGACGGGAACACUGACUCAGAACAUCAUGCAGUUCAAGAAGUGCACCAUUGCUGGACGCACCUACGGGGAUCCGACGACUGCUGAGGGAGUGUCGCUGGACAGAGGAAGGCCGGUGGACUGGAGCUGGAACAAUCUUGCAGACAAAAAGUUCCCGUUCUUGGAUCACUCCCUGGUUUCCUGCGUGCGAUCGAGGAAGGACAAAGACGCCACAGAGUUCUUCAAACUGCUCUCCCUCUGCCACACCGUCAUGGUGGAGAACAAAGACGGUGAACUUAUCUACCAGGCUGCAUCUCCUGAUGAGGGUGCUCUGGUGACCGCAGCGAGGAACUUCGGCUACGUGUUUCUCUCUCGGACGCAGGACACCAUCACCAUCAGAGAGAUGGACAAGGAAGUGACCUACGAAAUGUUGGCGCUGCUCGACUUCAACUCCGACCGCAAACGCAUGUCGAUCAUCCUGAAGUUUCCCGACGGUCGAGUUCGUCUGUACUGUAAAGGAGCCGACACUGUCAUCUACGAGCGGCUCUCCCCUGACUCCAGACACAAAGAAACCACCCAGGCGGCUCUGGAUAUCUUUGCCAACGCAACUUUGCGGACGUUGUGCCUGUCCUACAAAGACAUCAGCGCAGCAGAAUGGGACGACUGGUCCAGGAGACACAGAGAGGCUCAGAUCAGCAUGUCGGACAGAGACGCCGCCCUCGACCACGUGUACGAGCAGAUCGAGAACAACCUGAUGCUGAUUGGAGCGACAGCCAUCGAGGACAAGCUGCAGGACGGAGUGCCAGAGACCAUCGCCAAACUAGCCAAGGCCGACAUCAAGAUCUGGGUCCUGACUGGAGAUAAGAAAGAAACGGCAGAGAACAUUGGAUUUUCCUGUUCCCUUUUGACUGACGAAAUGCAGAUCCACUACGGAGAAGACGUCAAUGAGAAGCUGAGGAUCCGUCAGACCAACAGGAGGAACGAGCCUCAAACCGUCCUUCGAGGGAAGAAGAGACCCGCGGAGCCGUUCUUCCCAAUGCCCGGCAGAAACGCUCUCAUCAUCACAGGAGGAUGGCUGAAUGAGAUUCUUUAUGAGAAGAAGAAGAAACGUCGCCGCCUGCGUCUUCGUCGUCUUGGAAAGCGCACCCCUCCCGCCAACACUCAGGACGGACAGCCGAUGGAUGACCGGGAGAAGGAGCUGAGACAGAUUGACUUUGUGGACAUGGCGUGUGAGUGCGAGGCGGUCAUCUGCUGUCGCGUGACUCCAAAGCAAAAGGCUAACGUUGUGAGUUUGGUGAAGAAGUACAAGAAAGCUGUGACCCUGUCAAUCGGAGACGGAGCCAACGACGUCAACAUGAUCAAGACUGCAGACAUCGGUGUCGGGAUCAGCGGUCAGGAGGGGAUGCAGGCCGUCAUGUCAAGCGACUACGCCUUCGCUCAGUUCCGUUACCUGGAGCGCCUCCUGCUGGUGCACGGGCGCUGGUCUUACAUCCGAAUGUGCAAGUUUCUCCGUUUCUUCUUCUUCAAGAACUUCGCCUUCACACUGGUCCACUUCUGGUACUCCUUCUUCAGCGGAUACUCCUCACAGGUCGCCUACGAAGACUGGUUCAUCACUCUCUACAAUCUGUGUUACAGCAGCUUACCGGUUCUGCUUGUUGGACUUCUUGACCAGGAUGUAAAUGAUAAACUGAGCCUGAAGUUCCCGAAGCUCUACCUGCCGGGCCAGCAGGGGUUGUUGUUCAACUACAAGAACUUCUUCACCAGUUUGUUCCAUGGCAUCUUCGUCUCGCUCAUCAUCUUCUUCAUACCUUACGGAGCCUUCCUGCAGACCAUGGGGCAGGACGGAGAAGCCCCCUCCGACUACCAGUCCUUCGCCGUGGUCACCUCCUCGUCGCUGGUUUUCAUAGUCAACCUGCAGAUUUCUCUGGAUACCUCGUACUGGACCUUCGUCAACUGCUUUGCGGUUUUGGGAAGCAUAGCGAUCUACUUCGGCAUCAUGUUUGACAUCCACAGCGCCGGGAUCCACGUCAUCUUCCCGUCAAUGUUCAAAUUCACCGGCGCUGCAUCGAACGCUCUGCGUCAGCCCUACCUGUGGUUAACCAUCAUCCUGAGUGUGGGCAUCAGUCUGCUGCCCGUCAUCUGCAUCCAGUUCCUCUAUAAAUCCAUCUGGCCAUCUGUAGGAGACAAGGUCCAAAGAAACAGGAAGAAGUACGAGAUGGAGUUGGAAGAGGAUGAGAAGAAAAAGCCGUCAGCCUUCGAGCGUGGUCGCCGUUCACGCCGCUCUGCCUACGCCUUCUCUCAUUCCCGGGGGUACGCAGACCUCAUCGCAUCGGGACGGAGCAUCCGACGGCGCCCGACUCGUGGAGGAGUGCAGAGAGAGGAGAACAUCUAACAACCGGGGCUGAGUGGGAGAGACGGAGCGACACUGUGGGCAGAGGGGGUGUAAAUAUUUGUGGAAGUGAGAGGAACACAUGGUUUCUCCUGAGUGUCUGUGAUACUGACUCCUCCGCCUGCAGUCCCCGCUCUGUGCACAGACUCUUGAGAACGAAGAAGCUCACCGAAGAGAUGACCACCGUUACCGUGGUUUAAGGUUGUGCAGCGAAUGUGUGACUGACUGUUGUUUAACUCAGGAUCUUUUAAAAUGAUAAAAGCCUUCUUUUAGUCCCUGCCUGGAUGUGGAACCCGAACGUUUUCUGUUUCUGACAUUUACAGUUUUAACCUGAAGCCAGCAGAGCACUUGAAGUGUCGAUACAAAACCCUGUCAUUAUGUCCGUUAGCUUUAUGAAAUCAGAUUGGACGCGGCUUCUGUUAAUUUAUUUCCAUCUCUAGAAAUCCAAACACUUCCCCUCAGGUUAAACUCUGUAAACUCUUAACAUAUCAAGCUAUCUUCUUUUAAGGUUUUACUGUACAUGCUGUGAUGUUACUUUACCAGGCUGUGCAAGGGGGUCGGAUGUUAUAAAAUGUGUCUUAAUUUAAGAGUAAGUUGUGAAUAGUCAGUUUAUCUUUUUGUUGUAUCAAGUGUCACAAGAGUCCUCGCAGAUGGGCGUCAAUUAAGGGACCAAAACUUUGUUCAUUCUUCAGAUUCAUGCAAAAUUGGAAGCUACAUUAUUUGUUCUAUACCUCACUUUUUUCACGUCUCUCAUGUAACGUUAAAACUCGCUUUAUGCAACAUGAAAAGACCUCUACAACGUCUUCCUUCUGCUGCAGUUUCUCUUUGUGAUAAUUAACCAAAAGUGCGCCUUACUUCCAGAAAGAACCAGCAAUGAUGACAGUAGUUUCAUCUUCUCUUGCUUCAUUUUUAACUUCUUAAAAGUUGAUUCACAUGCCUCUUAGCGACAGGAAUAAUAACAAUGAGGAUUCUCUGUGUCAAUGGUUGUUUACAACAAUCCCAAAGAUAUGUGUUCUUCCUGACCUGUAAUCAGCUCCUCUCAGAAAGAAGCCAAAGUUCAGACUGUUACUGCAUCCCCUCGGUGUGAGUGUUACUGUAUGCAGACGAUGUCUUUUUAUUACUGAGUGAAUGAAGACGGAAGCUGGAGGCUGUUGUUGAAUGUUUCAGCAGCAGUCUGCUCUCUGUCUUAUGAUGGUGUUUUAUCAUGUGGUUGUUAAUAAAAGCCAAGGGCACAUUUAGCAAUCUGAAA